AUGGCUGACGUUCUUCCAUCAAGCCGGAGGAACAAUGUUGGACAACUGAAACUAUCUACGGCGCGGGCCGCCGUGGCCGCACCACCAUCACCGAACAGGGCGAAGUUGAAAACGACAGCCCGAAAAGCUUUGUCGAGCCUAAAAGCAUCCACAAAUCGAGCGAAACGGUUAUAUUUCGAGGAUAUACCACAUCGAAUUAAAUGUUACAUAGUUUCAGCAAAGGACGACACCGACGUCGGCCGCUCUCAUCGGCCUCACCGACAACACUCCAUCAAUCAUGGGCCCAACAACGGUUUACGGUAUGACAAACCUAUCAGCAUCAGAGGUGCAUCGACUGGCCACUAUUCCUUUUGCGCUUUGCAGGACUCCAAGUCAUCCGUGCCAGAAUCUCCAUUUACACGAUCGGCUACUCCUCCACAGCCCGCAUUAAAGGUAUUACGCCUCGGCCACCUCUCAGUCAUCAAGACCAAAGAACCUACUCUGGGUCAUCUCCUCGCAAGUAAGUAUUUCAAGGACUUAUCGACCUUCGUAACGGAGAUUCUACGCGGAACCGCAAUCGGAAACAUCACAGUGCGUCGUCCUGAGAAGAAAGGGUGGAGCCUCUCGCACGAAUCGGCGAUUCCAAUUCCACUCAACGACGUGCUACUCCGGUCACUAAUUCCAACGAAUAGUCGAACUAUAUGUGGCAAAACAGAUGGACCAGUCUUGGAGGGUCUCAUUGCCAUUGAGGAUAUAGAUAUGACUCCAUUACGGCUUUGGGACGAUGCCGAUUCUCAAGUAGCUGUGGAUGUGGAUGGCAAGGACGUUUCUUCAAAGUGUCCUGCCUCCGAAGAGAUCCUCGUCCCCAAGGUUCCAAGCUUUAAGCUUCUGGAGUCCAUACCGGAAUGCCCUGACGAGACUCACGAACAGUGUGGAAGUUCAACAACUACGCCACCUCUCUCAGACACACCGGAAGGCGAACCCAGCCGGGACACUGGGAGUGGAAGCUUCAACGCCACCGGAAAUGGCGGUGCAACACCCUUUGAAGGCCAAUCUUCUUCACCUAGCAGAGGCACAGACACAGAGAACAAAGAUCAAAACGUGUUGGCCAUAGAUUCUCACGAAGUUUUACCUGCAGAGGGUUUUCAUCAUCUUCCCUUGCUCUGUAUUCAUGCGGCAGCGAGAUAUCCGUGUUGUAAUGGGAAGGGGCAUUGGGCACCCGAGUUCCGGCGUUUGUGGAGCGACCACUACCUGAAUCACCAUAUACUCUAUGAGGAAUGCCAGCGCUGCAAGCGCUUAUUUGAGGAUGAGUGCUCUUGGACGAAGCAUGAAGAGCUGCUUCAAUCGCUCACUCCUUGUGAGAAGCUAAGCCAUCGUGAUCUUCAAGCUCAAAAUGAUAAACCAAAUCGGAAAGGGAUAACUAAAGCUCGGAAGAAAAAAGUCGAGGAAGCUAUAGAGCAAUAUGCGAAGCAUGGAAUUGCAUCUAGCGUAUGCAAUAAAGACGAACACGACAAGUGGGUUGAUGCUAAUCUCAAGCUCUACAUCAACCAGUCUAGCACUACAGUAGCAGCAGCGCGACUUGAACUGGGGAAGUGGCUAGUCGCCUGGUACAUCAUAUUUCCUGACGUCGAAAUCCCUAGUAAUCCAUUUACGGUGACUAUUUCGCAUCAGGAACUUCUUGGUCGCGUUUAUGGCGAACUUGUUAACCAAGCAAGGAUGGGAAACCUCCCUUAUUUCAAUGAACCGCAGCGCAUUCUCCUCGCACAGAUUUUCCAGAAGGGGAUAGGUCAAUGGCAACUUGAACAAUUACAGGCAGCACAGACACCAAAGACAACACGUCAACCGCCGAAUAGUUCAACGGCGAAGCGCCAACUGGCGAAACGUCCAGCAGCGAAGCCUCAAUUGGGGAAGCGGAAAGCGAUCAAACGCCAAAAGAUUGCAGAACCCGAGCCUACUCAGGCGCAGCUAGAACCUACAAUGAGUCCACCAGCGCAACCGCCCUCCUUUGUUGUCUUUGGGCAAGACCCUAGGUUCGGUACCACAGCGAGCUCGUCUUACACCCCUAACCCUUGCGAUGGUUUCUCUUUCGGUAGCUCCACCCCGACCGAUCCUACCUCUUACAACGAUAACGGCGCCCCUUAUGAUGAUAAUGACCCGUUGGUAACUGUAGCGAAGUUAUCAGAAAACGGGGGUCAGUCUAAACAGGGAGAAGGGCUAGGACCUAGUUCCAUGGAUUUGAGCUUUUUUGGGGCUCAGCAUAAUCCCCAGAUUUCCCCUCAAAACGCCUUGACGGGUCCAUACUUCGCAGGAAGCAGAGAUCCGGCGACAUUAGGGGCAACAUUAGGGGCAACAUUAGAGGCAACAUUAGAGGCAACAUUAGAGGCAUCAUUAGAGGCAACAUUUGAGGCGGCAUUUGAGGCGGCAUUUGAAGCGACGUUGGAGGCGCCAUUUGAGGUGAAAUUUAGAGAUUGGGUUGACGAAGACUCCAGAUUCAAGUAGCCUAGUUCAUUUCAUGUUAACGGACGUGGGAGUUUCGUGUAUAUAAAUUGCAAUUUUGUUUUUGAUUCAGGUGC